CGAUAAUUGAAAACAAGUAUGAAUUAUUCAAUCGACGAAAAAAUAGCCGUAAUUAAGUGGCAUUAUGCGGGAAACAGAGCAGUAUCUGACAUGUUUUCAGUUUAUUUCCCCACCAAGCCCAUUCCGUCCAUUUCAACUAUUAAACGUAUUGUCGAUAAGUUCGAGUCCAAAGGUACCAUAAUAAAUAAUUGUAAAUGUUCAACUCAGGAUAUCGAAAAUAGAGCCGAAGAAAGAGAGAACAGAGAUCUUAACCCAUUAACGCCUAGCGUUACCGUAUGGUCACGCUACUACGCUUACUACUACGCUUACUACUACGCUUACUACUACGCUACUAUUUACGCUUUCUGUAAAGGAUGCUGCGGCUCUAUUUUUAGGCCGGUUGGAGAGAUGGCGCUGACAGUCUCUUAAAAAUAGUUCAACGUGUUGAUUAGUUCAUAACAGGUCUAGACGACGUUCGUACCAGACACGUGUGCGUGUAAUUUAUUUAGGUGUUUUUGCUAUUGCGUAAAAGUGCUAUGGAGCCAAACUUUGUGAGGGGUUUCUCACUUCAAGAUGCCCUAGAGAUUGCCUAUAGUGAUAAUAUAGACGAAAUAUUUAUUGAACCACCCGAUCUGGACGUUCUGACAGACGUAGACUCCGGGGAUGAAGAUGGUAGUGGAUUUAUUGACAAUUUAUUUGGCAGACAACUUAGAGGUCAAGCCGAAGUAAAACUCCUGGACAACACCAGAGUUGGUGGGUGCAGUUCUGAUGAUUUGUCGCGAAGUCUUGGAUCACUUCGUGCUUCACCAAAACAUAGGUCUCCUUCGCCAUCACAAAACAAAGCAACUUCGAUAACACAAAUUACUGUUGAUGUAGAGGACUGGUCCAAGGAGAUUUGCAACCAAAUUACCAAAUUUUUCUAACAUGUGACUUCAAGCCGUAUCAACAUUUAAGUCCCGUGGAAUUAUUAGAAUUGUUUAUCAAUGAUGACAUCAUACAUAUGAUGAUCGAGGAAACGUCCAGGUAUGCCUUAUUCAAAAACUGUCCGGAGCCUAAAGUAUCUGUAGGAGAAAUGAAAUGCUACAUUGGCAUUCUUAUUAUUAGUGGGUAUAUUGAUUUACCAGGAAAAAGGUUUUACUGGGACUCAAAUAAUGACAUGAGAAAUGAACUGG